AUGGGGCCUUUUGGCCUGUCUGCCAUGUGCCCCGGUUUGCUUGUCAUUCUUCAACACGACCUCGCCAGUCCCACCAGCAACCUCAUCGCAUACUUAGCUCCCUUGGUCGUUUUACAGUUUGCGUUCCCCGUUCUUGGCCAGGUGAUAGUGACAGGGGCAGAGGCGACGGAUACUUGGGUUCCUGCCACACCUGUCCUGCCAUCAUGCCGGGUUAACAAGCCAGAUGGCGUAACUUUGGCUCCUGGAACUCGCGCAGGGAAGACGCGUGAGCACCCCCCGUCCCCUACUUGA